GCUUGGGGCUGCUCCCCACACAGCACACCUCGUUACCGCUUCUCGGCGAGGAGAGCACAAGCUGGAAACUAUUGCGGUAUAACCAGGGUCACUUUUGUCUCUCAGAUAGAGCUGACGUGGAGAGCUCAGAGCUUGGGAUUGUUUCAGGGGGGCGAGCUUGUUUCCAAGGCCAGCCGUGUCUCUGGCCUGCUCGGGGGGUCUUCUCCGGUCAGAGCUGCCGACGGCUGUUGGUCCCUAACCUUCACCGCCGACACGGUCGAUUUCUGCACACCGGGCACACAGACUCCUGACCUGGCAUUUAUCGAGCCUUUCCGCAUUCGAUAACAACAGAGACGGAUAAAACCGCUCCCACCUUACACGCACUAGCGGGCGAGAUCAUGGCGCCCCAACCCCGCCAACAGCCCACCCCUGCCCCGGGCUCCUUCCAGCUCCCCGUCGCCUACCGGGUCUUCUUCCUCCUCAUCGAGCCCGUCUCGGCCCUGGUCGGUGCAUACUACGCGCACUUUGGCCAGCGGCACUACCUCGAGCUCACCGACGCCGCCUCGUCGCCGACCAGUGGCGGCGGCGACAUCCCGCGCGGCACCGCCAUCGCGCUCUCGCAGCUCGCCAACCUGUACCUCCUGUUCGCGCUCAACGAGGCCCUGGUGCUGCGGUCCACGAACGACCUGCGCGUCUGGCGCGUCGUGCUCGCCGUGCUGCUGCUCGCCGACCUGGGCCACCUCUGGACCGUCCGCCCGCUCGGCUGGGCCGUCUACUGGCGCGCGGACCGGUGGAACGCCAUCGACUGGGGCAACGUGCCGUUCGUGUACCUGGGCGCCUCGAUGCGCGUCGCCUUCCUGUCGGGGGUCGGGCUCGGAGGCGCCGGGGGAGGGGGAGCUGCGGCUGCACGUGGCGGGUCGGGGCGGGCGAAGGCCGCUUGAGACUGGGUAGUGGUGGUGGAUCUGCAUGCGAUCUGCGCUGCUCUGCUGUAGGAGGAGGUCGAUGGUAGCUCUGCCAUCAAGGUUACAGGCUUGUGGUUCGGGCGAGGAUGCGGCUCGCCCGGCUCCUUGCUACCCAGCGGGGCUGUGAGCCAUCAGGGUUCAUGAGCAGUCGUAUGUAUAUAUAUACCCUCGCAAUGCACCGUCGUCGCUCCCAUCUCCGGCUUGGCCGAUGUUGGCGACUACAGACACAUGCUCUGGUC